AUGGCGGCAAGACGGCAGCAAGACUCUUCAAGUUCGCAGGCCACAUCUCAAGCACCACAACAACAUCUCACAGAAUCUGCUCUUCUAGAGUUGCAAAGAGAUCUCCAAUCAUCCAGCCAAGGGGACGAUGAUAUGAGAUCUAUCUCCGCUUGGAAUGAUGCCAACCGGGAUCGUGUUCAAGCAUCCACGUCAGAAUACCUUUCUGCCCAGUCACACACUGAGACCCAUCACGACGAAGCUCACCCACGGCAGUCUGAUCCAGAGCUAGUCCACAUGGGACGAAGCCCGUCUUCACACUCUACCGCGACUCUUCGUUGGGGGAGUUCUUCCGGCUCGGAUGGUCCAGGGCAGUGA